AACAGCAACAACAACAACAACAACAACAACAACAACAACAACAACAACAGCAACAACAGCAGCAGCAGCAGCAGCAACAACAACAACAACAACAGCAACAACAGCAGCAGCAGAUGCCUCAAGGAUUUCCCUCACCCACACCUGUCAAACCCAAUGCGGCCGCCCAGGCUGCUGUUGCAGCCGCUGCUCAGUCCGUAGUGAAAAAUAAUAACGGUAUGUUUACAUUUCCCACAAACACAUCUUUGGCCGCUACACCUGCUACACCCACAACUUCUACACCAGCCACACCUACAGCAAACCCUCCUCUGAUUUCAACUCCUGCACCCGCUCCCAAACCUUCAUCAGCACCAUCAUUAGAUAAUGAUGGUGUAAACCGUGUUUUAACAAAAAGAAAGAUACAAGAAUUGGUAUCCCAGAUCGAUCCAACCGAAAGAUUAGAGCCUGAAGUUGAGGAAAUUCUUUUGGAGAUAGCGGAUGAAUUUAUAGAGUCAGUCACCACAUUCGCGUGUCAGUUGGCCAAGCAUAGAAAGUCGGACACACUUGAAGUCAAAGACGUACAACUACAUCUGGAACGUAACUGGAACAUCCGCAUUCCAGGUUUCGCCUCUGAUGAUAUCAGGCCAUUAAGAAAGCCCACUGUCCCUGCAUCUCAUCAAUCAAAGUUACAGGCUGUAAAUGCAGCAAAGAACCAAGGCCCAAGCAAGGAUUAAAACAUGAAUAAAAAGUACAUUUCAUUUUUAUUAUUAUUUAUUGAAAAGAUAAUUAGUCUUUUUUCAGAGUAGGGGGAUGUCUACUCCCAUAUUCAUCAGAGCAUUUACAAUGCGCUGAACAGUGCUUACAGCAAGAUUUGAUCUUGCUUCUCUGACAGCCAUCAACAUUGCAUCUUACUUUAUCUUCAGUUAACAUGACCGUGCUAUUCUUUGUUUUGUUUUGUUGUUUUUAAAAAAAUUAUGUUUUGAAAUGAGA